GUUUGCCUGCAAUGAGAUCUCAUUCUCUACACUUAAAGGACAUCCUUUCUUAGCUGCUGUGAAUAAAUCUGGGAUGAUACUGUAUAUUUUCAACUAAUGGCGAAUUAGCUGCGUCUUGACUAAGGAUUGCUGUACUGGACAACUUCCGAACAUUACUCACGAUGUCAUCAAGCAGGAGUCAGAAUCCCCAUGGACUGAAGCAGAUUGGCCUCGACCAGAUCUGGGAUGACCUCCGAGCUGGAAUUCAGCAAGUUUAUACCAGACAGAGUAUGGCCAAGUCCCGAUACAUGGAACUCUACACCCAUGUUUAUAACUACUGCACUAGCGUACACCAGUCCAACCAAGCCCGGGGAGCUGGAGUGCCGCCUUCUAAAUCAAAAAAGGGACAGACGCCCGGAGGAGCCCAGUUUGUUGGCUUGGAAUUGUACAAACGACUUAAGGAAUUUUUGAAGAAUUACUUGACAAAUCUUCUUAAGGAUGGAGAAGAUUUGAUGGAUGAGAGUGUACUCAAGUUCUACACCCAGCAGUGGGAAGAUUACCGAUUUUCAAGCAAAGUGCUGAAUGGAAUUUGUGCCUACCUCAAUAGACAUUGGGUUCGCCGUGAAUGUGAUGAAGGAAGGAAAGGAAUAUAUGAAAUCUAUUCACUUGCAUUGGUAACUUGGAGAGAUUGUCUAUUCAGGCCAUUGAAUAAACAGGUAACAAAUGCUGUUUUAAAACUGAUUGAGAAGGAAAGAAAUGGUGAGACCAUCAAUACAAGACUGAUUAGUGGAGUUGUACAGUCUUAUGUGGAAUUGGGGCUGAAUGAAGAUGAUGCAUUUGCAAAGGGCCCUACGUUAACAGUGUAUAAAGAAUCCUUUGAAUCUCAAUUUUUGGCUGACACAGAGAGAUUUUAUACCAGAGAGAGUACUGAAUUCUUGCAGCAGAACCCAGUUACUGAAUAUAUGAAAAAGGCAGAGGCUCGUCUGCUGGAGGAGCAGAGGAGAGUCCAGGUCUAUCUGCAUGAGAGCACACAGGAUGAGCUGGCCCGGAAGUGCGAGCAGGUCCUCAUCGAGAAGCACCUGGAAAUUUUCCACACGGAGUUCCAGAACUUGUUGGAUGCUGACAAGAACGAAGACUUGGGGCGCAUGUAUAAUCUUGUAUCUCGAAUCCAGGAUGGCCUGGGAGAAUUGAAAAAGCUGCUGGAGACGCACAUUCAUAACCAGGGUCUCGCGGCGAUUGAGAAGUGUGGAGAAGCUGCUCUGAACGACCCCAAAAUGUAUGUACAGACAGUGCUAGAUGUUCAUAAAAAGUACAACGCUCUGGUGAUGUCGGCCUUCAACAACGACGCCGGCUUCGUGGCUGCGCUGGACAAGGCUUGCGGUCGCUUCAUCAACAACAACGCGGUGACCAAAAUGGCCCAGUCGUCCAGUAAAUCUCCUGAGUUGCUGGCUCGGUAUUGUGAUUCCUUGUUGAAGAAAAGUUCCAAGAACCCAGAAGAAGCAGAACUGGAAGACACACUCAAUCAAGUGAUGGUUGUCUUCAAGUACAUCGAGGACAAAGACGUGUUCCAGAAGUUCUACGCGAAGAUGCUGGCCAAGAGGCUGGUGCACCAGAACAGCGCGAGUGACGAUGCUGAGGCCAGCAUGAUCUCCAAGCUGAAGCAAGCUUGUGGUUUUGAGUAUACCUCCAAACUUCAGCGGAUGUUCCAGGACAUCGGCGUAAGCAAAGAUUUGAACGAGCAGUUCAAAAAGCACCUGACGAAUUCGGAACCCCUGGACCUGGAUUUCAGUAUCCAAGUCCUGAGCUCUGGGUCGUGGCCCUUUCAGCAGUCGUGCACGUUCGCCUUGCCGUCCGAGCUGGAGCGCAGCUAUCAGCGAUUCACAGCUUUCUAUGCCAGCCGGCACAGCGGCAGAAAAUUGACCUGGUUAUAUCAGCUGUCCAAAGGAGAGCUGGUGACGAACUGCUUCAAAAACAGAUACACUUUGCAGGCGUCCACCUUCCAGAUGGCCAUCCUGCUGCAGUACAACUCGGAGGACGCCUACACCGUGCAGCAGCUGACGGACAGCACGCAGAUCAAAAUGGUAGGCCCGCCGCAGGUCCCGCGCCUGAGCACGCCGCCGCUUCCGGCCCUCGCGGACGCGGGCGGGAGGUGUGGGGAGGGAACUGGUGUCUGCGUGUCACCUGCUCUGCUCCGCCAAAACCCGCAGAGGCCUCGCAGCUGGAGCUUGAACCAGACUUGUUUCCGCGCCACACAGGCUGGCGUGGGCCCUUCCCCGGCCACAGGGGCUCGGGGCCGGCUGAGGAGGUGGGGGGGCCUGUUGUCACGCCGGCGAGAUGAGAGGACAGCUGCGGGUGGCCGCAGCCGCGCCCAAGGUGUGGGAAGGGUGGCAUCUGCAGCUGUCCCAGAGGCCACUGCUCACUUCUCGCGUUCGAGUCCCUUGGCGCACCGGGCCGCUCCCGUCCUCUCCGCGCCCUGCCCUCCCCUGCCUGAGACGUCCGCAGUCUGGGCCCGAGGCCCCACUCGGAGGCGGCCGAGGCCGUCCGGGCGGCGGGCAGCCUGCGCCCCGCUCAGCCGGCCCGUUCUGCAGGCGGCCAUCGUGCGCAUCAUGAAGAUGAGGAAGGUCCUGAAGCACCAGCAGCUCCUCGGCGAGGUCCUCACCCAGCUGUCCUCCCGGUUCAAGCCCCGGGUGCCGGUGAUCAAGAAAUGCAUCGACAUUCUGAUCGAGAAGGAAUAUUUAGAGCGAGUGGAUGGGGAGAAGGACACCUACAGCUACUUGGCCUGACCUCGAGGAGGGUCUGAGCGGCCCGGCAGGUGGGCUGGCGGGAGAGCAGGGACAGCUCGCCAAGCAGCCGCCUGCCGCAUGCAGACCUUUUUAACUCUGAGACCAGGAGCCACCACUGGCCUCAGCCUCCCAGCAGAACUGCUCAGGACUGAUACAUUUCAAGUCUGUACAUACGGACACCGACGCCAUUUAACCUAACUUAAGAACAGAGGGCUGACCCUGCGCGAGGGCUGCAUGCUACUGCAUCUAAAUCAAUACAUCGGCCACCUGUCUGCGCUGUCGUCGGGCAGCGCCUGCAACGUCGGCAGCACUUUGGAGGAAGUCUGAACGGACCCGCGUGUAAUCUGCUAUGGAAACCAUUUGUAUAGUGUGUUUCAUUUUUUAAUGUGUGAAAAUAAAGAAAAUUAAAGGAUUUCUGUACAAGUCGCA